UAGUAGGUCACGCUCGGAAUCGCAGCACAGAUCUCAAUAAGCGUCUCGUUUUCUGCCAGCAGUGUCAGCCAAUCGAUGCUUGGAGUAGCGGGUUGCGGGAGGAAAAGGGGUUUCGAACCCGUGUCCCGCGACUGAAGUCUAUUGAUAUUCCGGCGGUGUUGUAAAUUUGUUUUGAUUUUGCAGUGUAGACACUGUUACUUAAACACGGAUCGCGUCGCAGCGAACGACACCCCUUUUAUUUUAGUUCCGAAGAAGUUAAUUUAGGACGAUGUUCGAGUGGGCAUACGAUGGUGUGAACAGCUCGAUACCGCGCAACGUUGGUCCAGAAUGCGCAAAUUACUUAACACUAAAGCGACGGAUAAUAGAGACCUUCUUCAUAUCUAUAUUCAUCAUAUCCUUCAUUAUAUGGGGUCUCAAGCGGAUAACUUUGCCAAAGAAAGUAGCUUACGACCAGCACAGCCAGGACCGUGUGGGCAGACGAGUCCUGCUGAUCAUAAUGUCACUGGUCCUGGGGAUGGAGAUGGGCUUUAAGUUCACCAGCAGGACUGUUAUAUAUCUGUUAAACCCAUGUCAUAUUACAACAGCAUUACAGCUGUACUUGCUGGCUGCGGAUCCCAGUCCAACAGUCACUGCUAUCUUCAGAAUACAUUUGAAUCUGUUGAAUGGACCGGUAUUAGCAUACCUAUUUCCAGAGACAGAAUCUCGAGUUAUAUUUGCAGACAAAGCAAAUUACUAUAUUCAGCAUGGUUUGAUGUUAGUAAUACCAUAUUAUUUAUUAAGGAUUGGAGGUGUAUAUAAUAUUGAGCCACUGUCUGAUAUGAGCUGGUCAAUCCUAAGUUAUGGCCUUAAUGCAGGAUAUCACUUUUGGAUUCUUCAAAGUGUUGCCUUACUUGUACAUGUGAAUCUUAGUCAUAUGUUGUGUGCAGCUGUCUUGGAUCCAUUUGAAGGUCAAAAUUAUCGAAUAUGGGCAGUGACUCAUCAAUUAUUAUUAUGUCCCGUUCUGUGCAAAUUAUUCUGUUAUUGUUCCAACUUUUUCUUAACCAAGUUUCCACCGACCAGAGUUAAGCCAUCGCUGGAAUGUUCUAUCCCGAAAAAAAAUUGUACAUACGAACAGAAUGAAAAGUUGCACGAAGAGUCUAACACCUCAGGAAAUGGCCAUACACAUUUUGAUUAAUUUGGACAAGAAAAUUAUUGCAUGUCUGAACAUCUCGUCUUGAUUAAACUAUAUAAUUAUAUGUUUAUAUCAUCUUCUAAAUAUGGUCUAAAAAGGAAACUAAAAAUGGGACAUAGGAAAAACUAACUUCUACAAGUUUAAUAACUAAUUACAUUACAGUUAACGUAAACAAUGAUUAAUAUAUUUUCACUAAGAACUUUUAUUUAAAAGAUAUUAAAAAGAGAUUUAUUUAUUUUUCGAAGAUUAAACUCUUUCACAGACAUAUACAAAGUACCAAAUAGAUAAUGUAAUCUUGGUACAAUCAUUGUGAUCAUAUUAGUUUUAAUUCAUUAGUCUAUGAUACCAAAUGAUAAGAAUAGUCAAUUUGAACAAUGAAUUUCUGUCCAAAUGCUUAUCAUGCCUAGUGCUGUGCAUAGAUUAAGAAUCUCAAAAAUGAUGUGAGGCUUAAGCUGACGUUUAAUAACAACGGUGACUUAUUAAAGAUAUAAUUUCUUGUAUUAGGUGAAAAAGCAUUGUAAACGUAAAUCACUUUGUGCAUUUUUAUAUUUUUAUUAGUAUAAUAGAAAUGAAGAUAUUCAAAUAACGAAACUGCAAUACUUUAUCUAUACAUAUAUUAUACACAUAGAUAGACACCAAAAGCUUAUAAAGUUUCACAGUAAAUCUUCUUGGUUACGUGAUUUAGUUGUAUAAAGACAAGUGAAUUAUCUUAAUGACAAAAUGAAAUUUUAAUUGUUUUAAUUCGUUUUAAUGACAAAUAUUUUUGGAUGACCAAUAUUUUAUUGAGAAAAAUAAGAUUUUAGCAAUAAGAUGUUUAUCUUUCUAGCAUUUAAUUCUUAAUUAUUUGAAGCAUUUAUUUAUUAAUUAUUUCAAGGAUACAAUAAAAUUGUUUUUAAUAUUUUACAAGAGAAAAAGAGAAAUAAUCUUAAGAAAGUCUUAUACCGCAUACAUUAUUCUUAUAUUUUAUAAUGUAUUUAAUAUUGCCAAGCCUAAAUUCAGGAAUGAUUGUUGUUGACAAAGGAUUCAUGAUUAAUACUGCCCACUUUGGAAGGAAGAUCGUGAAACUUUGCAAACUUUUGUGAUUUAGAAAUGCAUGUAAUGUAGCAUAAGUAUUUUGGCCACAGGAAUCAUCUCUUAGGUUUGAAUAUAAUAACCUGAAGACCAUAAAAAAUUGACAAAGCAUUUGUAAAACACGUUCUUAUUUUGAUAAAUUUAUGACUCUAUUUGCAAAACUAGUUGUGCAUAUGGAAAUAUUUUUAUAUGACAGUUCCUAUACUAUUUAAUCUUAUAUUAUACGAAUUCUCGCUUAUAUAUUCUCGUCAACGUAACAUAACGAGAAAGUUUUUAGAAUUUAGAAUGUGCUUUUUAUGGUAUAUAUAAAACAUGUGAUAUAUGGAUAAAAGCGCAAACUAUAAAUGAAUGCUUUCGUCCAAAUGGAAAUUAAAUUUCAUAAAAAUAGCGUUCUCGUGGUUAAAAGCUAACGUCCAUUUUACGUUUUUUUAAGCAGAAUGUUUUUCAUAUAGAAACGAUUUUUGUAUGAUAGGUCUAUAAACAUUCCCGCAAAUUAAUAAAAUAAUAUGACCUAUGUCGUUAUAUACUUGUACAGAAUUAAAUAAAAACAUAACUUAUAAAGUUCCAUAAUUUCAGUAAGCUGCCAUUAAAAAAACUUAUUUUUUUAAUAAAAACAGCUUGAUAGUACAGAAUUUAUGUUAUCAAUAUUCAUAUAAUAAUAUUGAUAAUAUUAGUAACUAUAUAUAGAACUAUAUAUAAUUAUAUUUAACUUAUAACAAAACAACAUAAAAAAUCUAACUUUGUAAUCUUGUAAUUUAAAUAUAAGAAUUCGAUUAUGUAGAUAUCUUUGUGGGAUAUAUAAAAUAUACCACAAAUAACAUACCAAAAAGUCUUAAAUUAAAAAUAAGAUGCUCAUAAUUCUUGCACGAGAAUGUUCCAAUUCUUGUAUUAGAUACGUAUAGUAGUAUUUUGUGAAUUAAACUAGUAACAUGGUACUAUAAAAAUACUCUUACAGUAUUUUGUUAUUAAAAUGGCCUAAUUUUGAGAAAUAAUGUAAAGAUUCUAUUUAAUCGUAAAUACUUUUCAUUAAUUAUAAUUUUUUUGAACAAAGUUUUUAUUAAUACAUAAAAUUGUUUACUCAUUAGCUAAUAAUACAAAAAAUUAUUAGCUUGAACAAAUAUAAAAAACUAUGGUAAUAAAUUCUUAUUUAUGUAAAGAUAUUUUGUUAACAUUCUAUUUUCCAUGAAGUUUAUUUAGCUGUGUAAUGAUGUUUACAUAUUUAUUUUUGUUGACUUAAUAAUUUUAUAGGAUUCUGACAUGAUAUACAAUUGUAAGAUUGUAAGAUGCUUCAUUAAAGUAUUAACAAACUAUUUAAGAAAAAUGUUUUUCACUUAUUAUCUCAUUUGUGUACUUAAUGUAAUUAUUGUGCUAACAGAGUGUAAUAGAAAUUAUUAGAGAAUCUUAUGAAUGAUAUGUUCAGGUAUUCCGUACCAAAGAUUUUAAUUUGGUUUGUUAAAUAGGAUGAGCUGUAGAUAGGUUUUUUUAUAAUUGUCGUUAAUGAUAUUUGCGUUAAUAGUAAUUAGUAUCAUUUAAAAAUAAAAUAUAUCUGUAAUCUUCUAUUUAAAUAAGUUUCUAAUAAAUUCUCUACAUGGCAGUUGCAAUAUUAUUUUAAGACUCAAGCUACAUUUUCCUAAUACGCGACGAAAUAAAUUUGCAGUUUCAUUGUUUGUAUAGCUUAUAUUGUAUGAAAUUUUUUUGUUAUUAUAAUUUAGAUUGUGUAUUCUUUCAAUAAUUAAAAACUUCGAGAAUGAAGUUUCCGUCAGUUUCAGCCUCAUUUGUAUAAAGGUAUUAUAUGAAUACCUGGCUUGUGAAAAAUACGUUGCCAGUAAAUUGUUCACGAUUUUGUACAUGAUAUACUUCGCGCGCGUUGCCUUUAUACAUACUCUGUACAAAAAGAAAACAUCUUAUUCUCAAUGUAGAAACAUACAAUUGUAAAUAACGUCGAUAACACCGAAUACGCAGAAUGAUGUUCUAAUAAGCGAGCACUUUACAUUCCAUGGCGAAUCAAUUGUAUUUAAAUGAAACAACUUUUCUGCGUGAUAUUUCUGCGGAAAACCCCGUAUUUAUUGAAGAAAUUAGUGGAAUUUUAUUUUAACAAAAUGUUCGGUCGAAUAUACUUAUUCUAAUGAAAAUGUGAUACAGUGCAUUCCAUAGAACAUACAAUGUUAAGCAAUUCACUAACCACUUUUUCAAUCAAAUCAGGCGGCAAUUGAAAAGGGAAAUAAUGUGAAAACUAAUUCUUCAUUACAUCAAUGCUGGUUAUUUACGCACAGCCUAUAUAUAAAAUAUGUAAAUUACCAUUUUAUACAUAUGCAGAUUAUCUCACCAUUGUGCUUCGAAUAUUUGUUUUAAGUUAUAUAGUUUUCAUAUAGUUUCAUAUAGUAAUCAGUUCAUUUAAAAAAGAUCAAAACUGAAAGAACAAAUUAAUUUUUACAGAUUCAAAUAAAAGAGAAAAUAAAAAUGUAAAGUAAAUUUUACUUUAACAUUUUGCAUUUGAUUUAAGCAUUCAAAUAGCAUUAAAUUUUUAAUACAUAUUUUGAGGUCGAUCGAAAUUCGAUACUACGGAAGUUUUUAUUCAAUCUUUGAUUAAUCUUUGAUAAUUAAAUUAUAUUACUUUUUUUUUAUAUUUUGUACUUUAUUUUAAAAUAAAGUAUUUUACAAACUUGAAAAUACGUUCAUGAAUUUUUUUUCGAAUCAUUUUAAAUAGAUAAAACAGAUUGGAUUUAAAAUAUCAUUGUUAUGUAAGGAUAAGGUGUCAUUUCUUUAUAUUAUAUGUAAAAGUUAAAAAAAGGUAAAAAGAUGAUAUGAUCGAACGGUAUAUAUAGCUAGACGAAUAAUAAGAAAUCCACUAUUCUUUAUUAUUUGUUUAUGUUUAGAUUACACGUUAAGUAUUAAUUUGCACACGUAAAUACCCAACAUUGGCUCGUAGUAGACUGUAUACAGCUGUAUACAAAUUUGGGUGGGCUUCGUUUACCUACAAUCCCGAUUGCCUACAGCUUCGUUUGUAUACACGAAAAUAAUUAAGGUACAAGAGUAGGAUUGCAUACGACAUUAUUGCGCACAUACACAUUGCACACACGACAUUAUUGCGUGCAGGCACAUUGCACACAUGAUAAUAUUGCGCUGAUACACAUUGCACACAUGACAUUAUUGCGCACAUAAGAUAAAGAAAUAAUAUUAACACAUUGCACACACAACAUUAUUGAACACUUGCAUAUUGCAUACAUGACACUAUUGUACACAUUCAGAUUGCACACAUGAUAUUAUUGCGCUGAUACAUUCUGUAAGCAAGAGGAAGGGUUUACACUGUACGCAUGAAUCCCAAAUGCGCACAGUGUAAAACGGACAUCACCAAUCAAAUUUUAUAAAUUUAUCCUAACUAUUAACUAAAGCAGUAAUCUGAUUGGUGAUCAUUUUACACUGUGCGCAUCUGGGACGCUCCCGGGGAAGGUGUGGAGGCACGAUUUCAAUAACUUGGGCGCCUUGAUUUGACAAUGGUUUCUGAUAUUUUUUAUGUUGAACAAAAAAUUGUAUAGAUCUUAUAGGGCUAACUGCUUUAGUUUUCGAGAUAUACCAUAUUAAAAAUAAAAAUAAAAGUAAAACCUUCCUCUUGCUUACAGAGUGUAUAAACGCAAUGAUAUCAUGUGUGCAUGUAUGUAAUAGUGUCAUGUGUGCAAUGUGUAUCAACGCAAUAUUAUCAUGUGUGCAAUGUGCAUAUGCGCAAUAAUGUCAUGUGUGUAAUGUGCCUGCGCGCAAUAUUGUCGUGUGUGCAAUGUUUUGUGCACAGUAAUGUCAUGUGUACAAUCUUAUUCUUGUACCUUAAUUAUUUUCGUGUGUGCAAACGAAGCUGUAGGCAAUCGGGAUUGUAGGUAAACGUGUACCUCCCUACAAAUUUACAGAGUGAGAAUAUUAAUUUUGUUGUAACUAUAUUACUCUAUGUCAUUCUGUACAUUACUUACUAUCACCAAAUACAACUGCGCCUAUUAACGAGAUAAGAUUAAAUGACACUUUAGAAAUUUGUUAACUCUCGCAUUUGAAAGCAUUUCUUCAGAACAGAAUUGAUAAGAAGUUUUCAACAUUUAGCAUCGAUAAAUAUUUAUAUGUUACAAAGCAGGCUUUUGAUUUGAUAUAUCGCCAUGGUAACGUCUCCAUUAAAUCCACGAGUUAAUAUUCAGGUACUCAGAGAUUAUAGAUAUAUGUGUAACAUCAUUACACUAGCAUUCGAGUUGUGAAAAUAUUGUAACAUUUUGGGUAAAAUGAAUAAAGACUUUGUCUGGGUCUAGUUA